AUGGAUUCAAGAAGGAACCAAGACAGAUUAUCGAGUUUAUCUGAUAUACUUCUGAUUCUGAUAAUCUCAUACUUGCCCUUCAAGGAAGCAGUGAAGACGAGUGUUCUCGCGAAGCGUUGGAAGAAUCUUUACCGUGAAACGACCAACGUCUCUUUCAAAGAAUCCGAGUUCGUGAAGUGCUCUGUUUUAGACGAUGAAGACACCAAAAGAGACGCUAGGGUUUCGUUCGUUGACUAUAUGGUUGAUUGGGUUUCUGGAUUUCCCGGUCAAGUUGUCGAAAGAUUCGAACUUUGUCUCUCCAAACCGGUGGGUUUCGAAACAGAGAUCAAUUCACUGAUCGAAUUCGCCGUCUCUAAAAAGGUCAAGAAUCUUGUUCUUGAUUUCUCUGACCCUUCUUGGAUUACAAGUAAUCAAGCAAGUGUGUUUCAAUUACCGGAAUGCGUUUACAAUCUAGUGAAUCUCGAGUCAUUCAAGCUAUUCGCUUGCGGGUUUGUUCCGUCGAGAGUUGUGAAUUCCGGUUCGUUGAAAAGACUCUGUUUUGGUUGGAUCCAACUCGGAAAUAUCGAGUCUUUGAUACUUAAGUCUCAUCUUCUCGAGAGUCUAACCAUUCAAAAUUGUUGGAACGUCGGUCUCGAGAUGAUAACCAGAGACAACAAUCGGUUAAUCGAAUUGAUAUUCGAGAAUUGCGAUUUCGCCACGGAGUAUUCUACACUCGACUUGUCCAACAUUCAGAUCUUUAAGUACUCUGGAAAAGUUCAUUACUUUCAGUUCAUGGAAGUGAAUAAGAACAUGAAAGAAGCGUACUUGGAUUUUGGUGCAGCGGCUGAAUACAACGACGCGACAGGAACACAUCUCUCUGGUCUCCUUUACGAUCUUAAAUCGGCUAAGAAGUUAACGGUGUGUCCUUUUCUCACUCAGUUGAUCAAAGAUGGUGAUGAUCCGGUUCGGUUACAAGCACCUAUGGAGACAAAACAUUUGGUGAUGAAAACGAAUAUGCAACCGAAUGAGUUCGUUGGGAUUAGACUCAUGAUCAAUAGUUGUCCGUAUUUGGAAACUCUCACGUUUGUUAUGGUUCCUCCUAGGCCUGAGUACUCAACUACGGCUUUAGGGUUCGAUCCAGACAAGUAUUGGACGUUUAAAAUCACGCACAAGUGUUUGAAGUCGACGCUAAAGGUCGUGGAGGUGAGGAGUUUCAGUGGCGGCUUGCGCGAGUGUCAAGUGUUGCAGUAUCUGAUUCGGUAUGGUCGUGUCUUGGAGAGGGUUGACUUGUAUUUGUCGAGUGAAAUGGAAGAAGGUCAAAAGAUUUUGGCACGUGCUGCAGCACACACGAUUGUGACAAGGUUCGCGAAGGGUUCGAGUCGUUUAAGCAUUUUACUACACGACGUUUGA